UUUUUUUUACCGGAAGUAGUCAUUGUGGUAUCGUUCUCUCCUGCCAGUGAUCAGGAAGCGCAGACGUUAAACGGUGCGAAUCAUGGACCAUCAUACGAUGUGAUAUGUCAACGGUGCCUAGUCUGAAGUUGCCUUAGUCCAGGACACAGCAGACCAGGAUGGCUCUAAUAGAGGGGGUGGGUGAUGAGGUCACCCUGCUCUUUGGAGUGGUGUUCCUGGUGCUCGUCCUGGUUCUGGCCUGGGCCUCUACUCACACUGUUGAACCCCCUGAACACCUCCUCUCACCAAGCCCAGGGACCUCGCCCUCCACAGAGACUGACAGCCAGGAGCCGCUCCCCCCUGGUAACACGGACUCGUCACCUGGCAGCAUCAGGGAGAACAAUAAGAGUGAGCCUGGAACAGAAGCGGGAGCAGCGGGACAAUCCCCGGAUGGUAGUAGGGCUGGAGAAGGAGAGGGAGGCCUCCUGGAAGAAGCAGGGAUUGGAAGGGAUGGGUUGAGACAUCGAGAAUCAGCAGGUCCCUCGAGUCAACCUCCAGCCAGUGCCCCAAGUGCCACACAGCCUUCGGCCGAAGAUGCACUGAAUGACACCCAAAGAAACAUGGUGCUCAGGCUGAAGUUCUUGAAUGAUACAGAGAGGACAGCACAGGUGAAUCCUCAAGACACCAUUGGUUACAUUAAACGGACUUACUUUGCUGGAGAGGAGCACCAAGUGCGUCUGAUUUACCAGGGUCAGCUCCUUCAGGACGAUGCUCAGACGCUGGCCUCCCUCAACCUGUCCGACAACAGUGUUGUGCACUGCCACAUCUCACAGAAUGCCACUCGGGCCAUGCCUGCCGGGGCACGGGCUGCUGACCAGGUGCAUGUGGCGCUCAAUGUGGGCAGCCUCAUGGUGCCUCUGUUCGUGCUUAUGCUGUCUGUGCUCUGGUACUUCCAGAUCCAGUACCGGCAGUUCUUCACUGCACCUGCCACCGCCUCACUCGUGGGCAUCACCAUCUUCUUUAGUUUUGUUGCAUUUGGGGUGUAUCGCCGUUGAUGGCUGUUUCUGUCCACUCAUAUUCAACAUAUAUGUGUUUGCGCACAUACAGAUACACAUUCUUGCACUUGCUCACUCACCAAUGCCAGUGGCAAUGUCUUCUGGGAUUUUUGGACUUUUCAGGUUUGUUGAAGUCUGGGAUUUCAGGGAAACAUCUCUGAGGUCUUUUUUUUCCCCUCUCCAUCACUUUUGCUAUUUUUCAUCUGCACCAAGUUAAUGCUUGUGUCACAGGUAGGAAUAUGCUAUAUAUUUGAUUUUUAAAAGAAAAAUAGAGAUGAUGAUUGUGCCUGUCCUCUUAUUCUAUUUUUUUUUUUCCAUGUGCAUGCUGCCAGUGUGAAACUGGGGCUUGUAAGAGGGUAUGCGAGUUGAUGGUGUUUGAGUUUCAAGUGGGGCUCGUCUGGCCGUUUGCCAUACACAAACUGUACUAACGCAGGUCAGGUAGAGCUGCUCUUAUAUGUUGGGACAAUUAAAAUAAUUUGUGUACAAUAAGGCUUUUGAAAUGGAGAUAUAAUCUAUUAAAUCAUUGUUUUAUUUA